UCCUCACUUCAAAACCCUAACUUCUCUCUCUCAUCAUAUACAAACUGUUUAUGUAUAAAGAACACUCACUAGCUUAUUAUUUAUAGCGCAAUUUUUAAUCCCUGAAGUGCAAGAAUUUCAGUUACUCAAUGGCAGUUGAUGCUUUGUGUUCGCCAUUGGGACCGCCGGCGUGUGAGAAAGACGCAAAGGCGCUUCAGUUCAUUGAGGAGAUGACUAGAAGCGCCGAUGCUGUUCAAGAGAGCGUUCUGGCUGAGAUUCUCAGUCGGAACGCCCAGACGGAGUAUCUCCGUAUGUAUAAUCUUGACGGAGCUACCGACCGGGAAUCUUUUAAGUCGAAGAUUCCGAUGGUAACUUAUGAGGAUCUUCAGCCUAUCAUCCAACGUAUCGCCAAUGGCGAUCGGUCUCCCAUUCUGUCAUCUCAUCCUAUUUCAGAAUUUCUUACUAGCUCGGGUACAUCCGCGGGUGAGCGAAAGCUCAUGCCCACGAUUCAGGAAGAGUUGGAUCGACGCCAGCUACUUUACAGUCUUCUAAUGCCAGUAAUGAACCUGUACAUGCCCGGAUUAGACAAGGGAAAAGGACUAUACUUUUUGUUUGUCAAGUCCGAAACCAAGACACCGGGUGGGUUAAUGGCCCGACCCGUUUUAACCAGCUACUACAAAAGCAACCAUUUCAAGACCCGGGCUUUUGACCCGUAUAACGUGUACACGAGCCCGAAUGAGGCGAUUCUUUGCCCAGAUUCGUUUCAAAGCAUGUAUUCGCAGAUGUUAUGCGGUCUCUACGAGCGUAAACAAGUCCUUAGGCUUGGUGCCAUCUUUGCUUCGGGUCUGCUCCGUGCCAUCCGGUUCCUCCAGCUUAAUUGGCAGGAACUGGCACAUGAUAUCCGAACCGGAACACUUAACUUGAAGAUAUCCGAUUCGGAUAUCAGAGGAUGCAUGGCACGUGUGCUACGAUCAGACCCGGAGCUUGCAAAUUUUAUUGAAUCCGAAUGCUCGAAGGAAAAUUGGGAAAGAAUUAUUACACGAAUUUGGCCAAACACCAAGUAUUUAGAGGUGAUUGUCACCGGUGCAAUGGCGCAGUACAUUCCAACUUUGGAUUACUAUAGCGGCGGGUUACCGAAAGUUUGUACAAUGUAUGCUUCAUCCGAGUGUUACUUCGGGCUCAAUCUGAACCCGAUGUGCAAACCGUCAGAAGUUUCAUACACCAUCAUGCCAAACAUGGCGUACUUUGAGUUUCUCCCACACGACCCGAACUCCCCAACCGUGACUAGCGACAAACUAGUCGACCUAGUGAACGUGGAAGUCGGAAAAGAAUACGAGUUAGUAAUCACCACCUACGCAGGACUAUGCAGGUACCGCGUAGGCGACAUACUCAGAGUCACGGGGUUCCACAACUCCGCCCCACAGUUUAGUUUUAUCAGAAGAAAAAACGUCCUCCUCAGUAUCGACUCUGACAAAACUGACGAGGCGGAGUUGCAGUCCGCAGUGGACAAUGCCUCAGUGGUGUUGAACGAAUUCAACACCACUGUGGUAGAGUACACCAGCUACGCGGAUACCAAAACCAUCCCUGGCCAUUAUGUCAUAUACUGGGAGUUGUUAAGUAAAGACUCAUCAAAGUUUCCAACCCAAGACGUGCUCGAAAAAUGUUGUUUAGCAAUGGAGGAGUCGUUGAACUCGGUUUACCGACAGGGUCGGGUGGAGUGCAAUUCGAUCGGGCCGUUGGAGAUCCGGGUAGUGAAAAAUGGUACAUUUGAAGAACUUAUGGAUUAUGCCAUAUCAAGAGGUGCUUCAAUAAAUCAAUACAAAGUUCCAAGGUGUGUAAACUUUACACCAAUCACAGAGCUGCUUGACUCCAGAGUGGUGUCAUCGCAUUUUAGUCAAAGGUUGCCUCAUUGGACACCGGAACGACGUCGUUGAACAGGUGAUUGUUUAGUUGUCACACGAAACCGACUAUUACAAGUCAAAUGUAAGAAAGAUUCGUUGGCUUAGGAUUUUUUUUUUUUUUUUGUGGGUGAUUAGUUAUUUUAUUACGUCACCUAAUUGUGGGUGUAGUUUUAGGUGAUUAAGGACGUUUGAAGAAAACAAAACAGGUUUCUUUUAUAUGUUUUGUUGUACGAACAUAAGUACCUUUACUGUAUGCGUCUGCUUGUGUAGUAGGUUUUAUUUUGAGAAAUUGAAACUCUUCGUUUUAUCA